CGCGGUGCCGCGAGUUCUCUCGGCCGGGGUGGGAGGGUGUUUCGUUAGGCGCGUGCGCGGGGUCGGCAUGGCGGAGGCGCAGCCGGGCUCAGGUGCAUUAAACUUCAAUCCGGAUGCAGCUGAUUUCAUCCCAAGAGAGAAAGAGACUCCUGAUGUAAAUUGGAGAAGUCUGGGUAGAUUGGAAUCCAAUAGGAAUCAGAAUAGAAAUGAUACUCUACCACUUCCUAGUCAGUCUUCUGAUAGAGGCACAGACUAUGUAAGCUCUUCCACAAAGCAACACAGCUUUUAUAGUCCAGAAAGCCAGUACUGUAGCCAGCAAGAUUUUCUCCAGCUUGCUGGUACCAGUAAACCUCAUAAGAAUCAUAGUUUUCCAAGCCAGCGAUGGCACAGAUCUAGAAGUGAUAGGACGUAUACUAGAAACCGGAUAAGGCAAUCAUCUGAUGGCACAACCAACAUGACAACUGUAGAUACCACAUUAGUACCAAGGUUGAGAGUCAAUCCUAAAGAAUACAAUGACUUUUGCUCUUCAGAGAGUGACAAGGAGGUAUCUAGUGCAGACAAUAGAGGGGCAAAGCCAAAGAAAACACACCUGAUGCCUGUAUCUGGAAGAAGCCUCAAAGAGAAGGGGAAGCAGUUACAUGAGUGGGAUAAGAGAGUGACAUCUAAACAGAAGGAUGAUAUGUUUGAAAAUAUACCAUCUCUGGAUCUGACUCAGUCUGACUCUUCAGAAGCAUCUUUUGGCAAAGCAUUGUAUGAUGGAUAUGUUGGCAAUAGUGAUGAACAAAAAAGAUAUCCAUUUGUGAACAAGAAAUACUCCAGGAAGUCCAGUAAACCCCAGUUAGGUAAAGAAAUCCAGAAAAAACAAGAUACUUACCGCAGUAAAAAUACAAAAGCAGUUAAGAAGCCGCCUCUUACUUAUACUCAAAAAGAUAAAAUUAGUGAGAGGAGCAAAGAAUCAGGUGUUCACAACAAUGAUCAAAACUUGACCAGCAUAACACAUGCUCACCAAUUAGGGGAAUCAGUCAAAUGUGGUGGAAGACAGCUUCACCUGCAGGUGGGACACACAACCUCCCUUCACUUCAAUUGGACUCGGUAUUGGAAAAAGCAGAGUAAUGUACCAAGGAACAAGGAAACUCAUACAGGUUCCCUGAUAGACCAGCUGACCACAGAGAAAUAUGAGUGUAUGGUGUGCUGUGAGGUGAUCCGAAAAAUAGCCCCGGUAUGGAGCUGUCAGAAUUGUUAUCAUGUGUUUCAUCUGAACUGCAUUAAGAAGUGGGCAAGAUCACCAGCAUCACAAGCCGAAGAUGGCAAUAGUGGCUGGAGAUGUCCUGCUUGUCAAAAUGCUUCAACACAAGUUCCUACUACUUACACCUGUUUUUGUGGUAAGGUAAACAACCCUGAAUGGAAUAGAAAUGAAAUUCCACAUAGUUGUGGAGAGCUUUGUAGAAAAAGAAGACCAGGUCAGGACUGUCCACAUUCUUGUAAUAUCCUCUGCCAUCCAGGUCCUUGCCCAUCAUGCCCUGCCUUUACGACAAAAACAUGUGAAUGUGGGCAAACAAGGUGCCAACUAGGUUAUUUGAACUGCUUAACACUUUACAGUCAUUCAGUUCGCUGCGGCCAAUCCACCACAAUUCAUUGUUCUAAUGUAUGUGGGAAUACUUUAAAUUGUGGUAGGCAUAACUGUGCCCAGGUGUGCCAUGUGGGAAAAUGUCAUCCUUGUCAGCUUACAGUACAGCAAGUCUGCUACUGUGGGAGUACCUUUCAAGAUGUAUUGUGUGGAACAAAUGAAGAGUUUUCUGAUGGAUUUGGAAAGUUCUCCUGCCAGAAAGCAUGUGACAAAAAAUUAAAAUGUGGAAGGCACAGCUGUAUGCAGAUAUGCCAUCCUGAGCCCUGCCAACUUUGUCCACGACUUCCCGAAGUAGUGCACUGCUGUCCUUGUGGGCAGACUCCUCUUAGCAGAUUACUAAAACUAGGAUGUAUUGAGCGUAAACUGUGCACGGAUCCCAUCCCAUCGUGUGGAAAAACAUGUGGAAAACCUCUACCGUGUGGUAGCCAUGAUUUCAUUCAUACAUGUGAAAGUCUUUGCCAUGAAGGAGAAUGUGGACCAUGCUCUCGUACAUCAAAUAUUUACUGUAGGUGUGCCUUCAAAACAAAGGAAGUCCCAUGUGCCCUCCUCAAAAAUAAAGCUGAUAUUACAUUUAUGUGUGACAAGCGAUGUAACAAGAAACGGUCAUGUGGACGACACAAAUGUAAUGAAAUUUGCUGUGUGGACAAAGAACAUAAGUGUCCCUUGGUUUGUGGACGCAAACUCAAUUGUAGCCUUCAUAGAUGUGAAGAACCUUGUCACCGUGGCAACUGUCAAACAUGCUGGCAGACAAGUUUUGAUGAACUAACUUGUUACUGUGGUGAGUCGGUAAUUUAUCCUCCUGUUCCUUGUGGUACUCAGCCACCAGAAUGUAAAAACUCCUGUACCAGACCACAUGAAUGUGAUCAUCCAGUGUACCAUACGUGUCAUAGUGAAGAGAAGUGCCCACCCUGUACAUACCUCACUCAAAAAUGGUGUAUGGGCAAGCAUGAACUGCGGAACAAUAUUCCCUGUCAUCUUACUGACAUCUCUUGUGGUCUUCGCUGCAAUCAAACGUUAAAAUGCGGAAUGCACAAAUGUAAAAGGAUUUGUCACAAAGGGGUGUGUCUCAUAGAUGAAGAGUGCAAACAGCCAUGUACUAGUCUGAGACUAUACUGUAAUCAUCCCUGUAUGGCUCCGUGCCAUCCGUCUUUACCUUGUCCUACAACUUCUUGCAACACAAAGGUUGAUCUUCAGUGUGAAUGUGGCAGAAGAAAGGAGAGUAUGAUUUGCUCAGAAGCAUCUAGUACAUAUCAAAGAAUAGCUGCUAUAUCCAUAGCCACUAAACUAACAGACCUGCAACUUGGAGACUCAGUGGAAAUUAGUAGGCUGAUUACCAAAAAAGAAAUGAAGCAAACAAGGUUGCAGUGUAAUGAAGAGUGUUUUGCCCUUGAAAGGAACAGACGCUUUGCUGAAGCUCUCCAUAUCCGUGAUAAUUCUGACCCUUUUAAUAUCCGUUCUUCUGGAUCAAAGUACAGUGAUAAUUUAAAAGAAGAUGCAAGGAAAGAUUUAAAGUUUGUCAGUGAUAUUGAGAAGGAAAUGAGAACACUCGUGGAAGCUGUAAAUAAGGGAAAGCAUUCAAAAAGAGUCACUGUAUGCACCCAUGAACAGAGAUCACCGCAGAAUCAUCCAUGAGUUAGCUCAAAUUUAUGGCAUGAAAGUGUGAGCUAUGACAAUGAACCAAAGCGUAAUGUUGUUAUCACUGCAGUGAAAGGGAAAUCCAUUUGUCCAAGUAAUACCCUAACAUCUGUGCUACAGAGGGAAAUGCAGACAAGGCCUCCACCACCUAUUCCUCACUAUAGACAAACAGAUAAAAAUAAUGGAAACAGUGGCUUGAAGGAAAACAUUAAAAGCGGAGCCAGUGAUUGACUACUUUGAUGUCCAAGACUGAAAUGAUCAAUCUUAAAAUAUUAUUUAGAAAAAGGGAGGUGAAGAUACGAUCUAUUCAUGCAAGAUGCUUUGUGGCUAAUUAAAUGAUUAACUAUUCAAUAUAUUCAAAGUUUAAAAUAGUAAAAAAGGCAUGGGUGAGUUAAGUGUAUGAGCAAAAUAGCAUUGUCUAGAAAUUAACUAAAAUUUGAGCUCUGAAUAUUGCAAGAUAAGCUCUUAAAAGCCAAAUUCUGACUUCAGAUGGAUGUGCACAGCUCUCAUUGAAUGCACUGAGAACUGCAUGCAUUUAUCUAAAGCCAGAAUAUGGCUUAUCAUUUAUUAUAUCAAUGAAACUGAUAUUUUAAAUUUUACUGCAUAUAUUCAGCUGAUCUGCAUAUUUUACAUAAGUUGCAGGUGCAAGUAUUUUUCACCUCAGGCUGGUAGAUUUUUCUUCUCUGUUUGGAAUCAGAGUAUCUUUAAUGAUGUGAACCUGCCUAUCCAUAAUCUGUAGCUGAAAAAACUGGUAAUUAAACUGAUUCUAUUGGGGUAGUGAUGAUAAUGGCAAACAUUCCAAAGAUUUAUACUGAGGGAUCCAACCAUACUGUUAAAAAAAUAACAAGUAAAUCACAGAUCGCUAUCGUAUAAUCCUAAUGGAUAUAUUUUUCAAAGAGUUUUCAUGUGAUUUAAUCAUUCAAUUUAUACUGCAAUAUAUCAAAUUUGGGAGUGAAGUAUCUGAGAUAUUCCCACAUGGAAUAAAACUAAAAAUUUAGCUCAAUUCUACAAUGUGUUACAUAUUCCCCAGUGCUUAGGCACACUGCAUCUCAUGGUUCACUAGCAUUUGAGGAUUUUCUCAUUUGGUAUUUUCCAGUUCUUGUUCUUGAGGUGGAGGAGGAAAAAUGCCGUUUGUUUGUUUGUGGGUUUUUAUUAAGCAAAGAAUAAUGGUUAGUUUUCUUUGUGUUUUAUUUAGUUUGUAUAUUUAAACCAAAUAGAGGGAUUAAAGUAAAAAUGAAAAAUAUUUAAUUCAAACUCUUGAACAGUCAGAACCCCACGUAUGGCUUUGAUGUUCAUAGAGAUUGAAUCAUAUGUCUAGGAUUAAACUGCUGACUUCACUAGUUUAAUCUUUCCUCAGUACCAAGUGAGCAGUAGGUUUGUGCUAGGCUUGUGUUGGAAUAUGGGUUGAAUUUGCAGCAAUUCUUGAAACUCAUAAAGUCUGGUAUGUUAAUCCCUCUCAAUUAAAACAGCCUUUUAAUGAUAACAUACACUUUAAAUAUAUUCUACUUUACACUAUUCAGUUGCCAACACAGUCGCCUAGAUUUCAGAUUGUUUUUCACAUUAAUGGUGUCCUCAUGAGGAAGGAGAGUUGAGGACCUUUAUGGGGAAGAUGCUAGGGACCAGCUAAAGAUUUGGUAUAAAUUGUUAUAGCUCCAUUGACUUCACUUGAGCUACAACAAUUUACCAAGUUGAGGAUCUGGCCCCUUAUGCUAAUAAGCUCCUUACUCUUCACACUAUGCUCUGUCUGUCUUACCCCUCCUGACUGUACACAGGCCUAGAAAUUAUUUCUUUGUGCAGCUCUUUGUGCUCAGGGGCAGCUUCUGUUUGCAUGUCCCAGAGAGCUUGUGGAACUUUUGAGGGCCAUUAGCCACAGAGGCUCAUUUUGGGGUGGAUAUGUAUCAUAACACAUUGAUUCAGACAAUUGUAAUAUUCUACAUUGUCAAAUGUUAUGGUUUUUAUGGCUUUCUGUCAAUGCAUGUGUAUAAAAUUAUUUCAUUUAGGAAAUGACAACACAAUGUAAUAUGUUUCUAAUUAAAUGUUUGAGAUGCAUUUUCUCCACUUAAAAGAAACACUGUUAAGGACUAUUGAUCUUUUCUGUGUGUGUGAGUCUUCAUACAAUAAGUUUCGCAUACAGUGAAAAUAAUUUUCUUUACCUUUUUCCUUUCAUUUGGUGAACAGAAAUCAACUUUUUUUAAUGACUGAAUCUUAAAAACUAGCUGUUAUGGUUUGGCAUGACAGUGCACAAAAUUCUUAAGCAAGUUGAGCCCUAGUCUUGCAAGGUGCUUAACGUUUUCAGUUUCUGCUGACUUCAGUGGGUGAAUAGGUUGCUCAGCAUCUUUCUAGAAGUGUGAUCUUGCAGACACUUACACAACUAAAUAGGCCUUAACAUGUGAGAAAGAGUCUCAUUUAUUUCAGUGUCACUGCAUGACUGAAUGAGGGGUUGCAGGAUGGCCCAUAGUUUCACCCUACAUUAAUUUGCUUUAACACAGGACUUCAUUUAAAAUAGCUAAAACAUCACCUACAUACUUGUUUGAAAUUUGCAUGAGGUUUUCAUAGCAGAAUGUCUAGUUCGUGCACUUUAAUUGGUACUUUUUAACAAAUUAUGAUUUGCAACUUAAAUGUGAGGCUGAUGAGAAGCAGUCUAGAAGAUGUUCAGGUUCUGAAUAGAUCUUUUAAUACUUCCAGCUUUUAGUCAGAAGAAUCAGGGAAUAUUCAGUUUGCAAAAUAAGGCCAAUAAAUAUGUGAAUUCAUAUAUACGGAUUAAUCAUAAUGCUCCUUAUGAAAUGUCUAACAAAAUUUUGUUCAGUUGUGAAUAUUCACAUAUGUCUAAGCCUAUACAACAGCUUUUUAAAAAUCACUGACACACAAAUGUUUGUUCAAAAUUUCUUAUUGUAAUAGUUCCAUUAAAAAAAUCAUUCAUGCACUUCCCUGGGGAAGCAAUACCAAAACAAGUUUUUUCCAAAGUAUAAUUUUCCAGCUUUAAAAAUCAAUUCAGCUAGAUUUAAUUGUGGUGUUCUCCCUUCUCUUCUGGUUUGCUUUGGAUCAUUUUACUGCAUAUGUGUGCCUAAUGGGAAUGCUUUUCUAAUGUACCAUUUUGUAUUUCUUCUUAUUCUGAGUUGGCUCUUAGUCUAUUUAUCUAAGAGAAAAAACAGUGAAGUCAGUGGCAUUGACUUCAGUGGAGCCAGUAUUCCAACCUUGGUCUGCAAUUACAUUGAAGAGGUCUCAGAACAAUACUGUAUUUUGUAAAUUUUUCUGUAUUGAGUACAUUACAAUAAACAGAUUGUCUUUGAAGUAAACUGUGAGGAAGGGCAAAUUGGUUACAAUACAUAUAACUUUACCAAUUGCUUUUAAAUUAUUGUAUGUAAAAUACAGGUAACAUUUUGGCAUUGGGACUGUGUAACUGUUCAAUAGUUUAAUGUGUUAAGAAGUGCUCUGAUUAUUCAGUGCUUAAUGUACAUUAAUGUGUGCAUAAUCGAAAAUCCUUGCUGUGUAAUUUAGCUAUGGAGACCACUGUUUUGUGGCAGUUUUACAAUAUGUGCCUCAUGAUGAAGUAAGCAAAAGAACAUUGCUCUAAAACACUCUUUUCAUAAGUUAUUUGGUGACAGCUAUAUAUCUAUAUUACUUGAUUCUUUUCAAGUAUAGUGGUGUAAUAGGCAACUUACUGUAUAAAGCUGUAAUAAAAUUAAGUUCUAAUU